GGUCAGAACAUUGGCUGGAAUGGGGUCAGCAUAGAUGGAGUCCAGUCAAAGGCCAAGUGCCCCCCUCAGUCAGGAGAGAGCCACCGAGACAGAGCAGGUGGGCUGAUUUUUUUUUUCUUUCCAGUUUUUUAAUAAACUCUAAUCUGGUCCAAAAGAAAAAUGGCCUUUGUUUCGACACAAGGGCCCACUGUGGUUGACCAAACCACUUUGAUGAAGAAAUACCUCCAGUUUGUGGCUGCUCUAACAGAUGUUAAUACACCCGAUGAAACAAAAUUGAAAAUGAUGCAAGAAGUCAGUGAGAAUUUUGAGAAUGUAACAUCAUCCCCUCAGUAUUCUACAUUCCUGGAACACAUCAUCCCUCGAUUUCUCACCUUUCUGCAGGAUGGAGAGGUGCAGUUUCUGCAGGAGAAACCAGCACAGCAAUUGCGAAAGCUAGUUCUCGAAAUAAUUCAUAGAAUACCAACAAAUGAACAUCUUCGUCCCCAUACCAAAAAUGUUUUGUCGGUGAUGUUUAGAUUUCUAGAGACAGAGAAUGAAGAAAAUGUACUUAUUUGUUUGAGAAUAAUUAUUGAACUACACAAACAGUUCCGGCCACCAAUCACCCAAGAAAUUCAUCAUUUUUUGGACUUUGUGAAACAGAUUUACAAGGAACUUCCAAAAGUAGUGAAUCGAUACUUUGAGAAUCCUCAGGUGAUCCCAGAGAAUACUGUUCCUUCCCCAGAAAUGGUUGGUAUGAUUACAACAAUUGUGGUGAAAGUAAAUCCUGAACGGGAUGACAGUGAAACAAGAACACAUUCUAUAAUUCCCAGAGGGUCUCUCUCCUUGAAAGUGUUGGCUGAGCUUCCCAUUAUUGUUGUUCUAAUGUAUCAGCUCUACAAACUGAACAUUCAUAAUGUGGUCGCUGAAUUUGUGCCCUUGAUCAUGAACACGAUUAUAAUACAGGUUUCCUCGCAAGCCAGGCAACACAAACUUUACAAUAAGGAGCUGUACGCUGACUUUAUUGCUGCCCAGAUUAAAACAUUAUCAUUUUUGGCCUACAUUAUAAGAAUAUACCAGGAUUUGGUGGCUAAGUAUUCUCAGCAAAUGGUAAAAGGAAUGUUGCAGUUACUGUCCAAUUGUCCAGCGGAAACUGCACAUCUCCGAAAGGAGCUUCUAAUAGCUGCGAAGCACAUUCUUACCACAGACUUGAGGAGCCAAUUUAUUCCAUGCAUGGACAAGCUAUUUGACGAAUCUAUACUAAUUGGCUCUGGAUACACAGCUCGAGAGACACUGAGGCCUCUUGCAUAUAGUACACUGGCAGAUUUGGUACAUCACGUCCGUCAGCAUCUACCACUCAAUGAUCUCUCCCUUGCUGUUCAGUUAUUUGCCAAGAACAUUGAUGAUGAGUCAUUACCUAGCAGUAUCCAGACUAUGUCUUGCAAGCUUCUUCUAAACUUGGUAGAUUGUAUCCGUUCCAAAAGUGAACAAGAAAAUGGAAAUGGCAGAGAUAUUCUUAUGAGGAUGUUAGAGGUUUUUGUUUUGAAAUUUCAUACCAUAGCACGGUACCAGCUUUCUGUCAUUUUUAAAAAGUGUAAGCCACAGUCUGAACUUGGUGCAGCUGAAGCUGCUUUACCUGGAGUGCCGACAGGAGCAAAUGCAGCUCCUGUUCCAUCCCUUGCCCCUGCCACUCCUGUGACCCCAGCACCUGUGUUUGAAAAACAAGGGGAAAAAGAGAAAGAAGAUAAGCAGACGUUCCAGGUCACAGAUUGCCGAAGCUUGGUAAAAACUUUGGUCUGUGGUGUCAAGACAAUUACAUGGGGCAUAACAUCAUGCAAAGCACCUGGUGAAGCACAGUUCAUUCCUAACAAACAGUUGCAGCCAAAGGAGACACAGAUCUAUAUAAAGUUGGUGAAAUAUGCAAUGCAAGCUUUGGAUAUUUAUCAGGUCCAAAUAGCAGGAAAUGGCCAGACAUAUAUUCGAGUUGCAAACUGUCAGACAGUCAGGAUGAAAGAGGAAAAGGAGGUCCUGGAGCAUUUUGCUGGUGUCUUCACAAUGAUGAAUCCUUUGACUUUUAAAGAAAUCUUUCAAACUACUGUUCCUUAUCUGGUGGAAAGAAUCUCAAAAAACUAUGCCCUUCAGAUUGUUGCUAAUUCCUUUUUGGCAAACCUGACCACCUCUGCCCUUUUUGCUACAAUUCUGGUGGAGUAUCUUCUAGAUCGGCUGCCAGAAAUGGGCUCGAAUGUGGAGCUGUCCAAUCUGUAUCUCAAGCUGUUCAAACUAGUCUUUGGCUCUGUUUCACUAUUUGCAGCUGAAAAUGAGCAAAUGCUGAAGCCGCAUUUGCACAAGAUAGUGAACAGCUCUAUGGAACUUGCACAGACUGCCAAGGAGCCAUACAACUAUUUCCUUCUGCUUAGAGCACUGUUCAGAUCUAUUGGAGGAGGCAGUCAUGAUCUCCUAUAUCAAGAGUUCUUGCCACUGUUACCAAACUUAUUGCAAGGACUUAAUAUGUUGCAAAGUGGCCUGCACAAGCAGCAUAUGAAAGAUCUGUUUGUAGAACUCUGUCUCACUGUACCAGUUCGAUUGAGCUCCCUCCUUCCUUAUCUGCCAAUGUUGAUGGAUCCUUUGGUGUCAGCUCUAAAUGGAUCUCAGACCCUGGUUAGCCAAGGUUUGAGAACUCUUGAAUUGUGUGUGGAUAAUUUACAGCCAGACUUCCUGUAUGAUCAUAUUCAGCCAGUUCGAGCGGAGCUUAUGCAGGCUUUAUGGCGUACAUUACGCAAUCCUGCUGACAGCAUUUCUCAUGUGGCUUAUCGUGUCCUUGGUAAAUUUGGUGGAAGUAACAGGAAGAUGUUAAAGGAAUCCCAGAAACUACAAUACAUAGUUACGGAAAUUCAAGGACCCAGUAUUACAGUAGAGUUUUCAGACUGUAAAGCCUCUAUUCAGCUUCCAAUGGAAAAGGCAAUUGAGACUGCUCUGGACUGUUUGAAGAGUGCUAACACAGAGCCAUAUUAUCGGAGGCAGGCUUGGGAAGUGAUCAAGUGUUUCUUGGUAGCCAUGAUGAGCCUGGAUGAUAAUAAACAUGCUUUAUACCAGCUCCUUGCACAUCCCAACUUUACUGAGAAGUCCAUACCCAGUGUAAUUAUUUCACAUCGGUACAAAGCACAGGAUACUCCUGCCCGUAAAACAUUUGAACAGGCAUUGACAGGUGCAUUCAUGUCAGCAGUCAUCAAAGAUCUGCGACCUAGUGCUCUGCCUUUUGUAGCCAGCCUAAUUCGCCAUUACACAAUGGUGGCAGUAGCUCAGCAAUGUGGUCCUUUUUUGCUGCAGUGCUAUCAGGUUGGAAGCCAGCCCAGCACAGCCAUGUUUCACAGUGAAGAAAAUGGAUCAAAAGGAAUGGAUCCUUUGGUACUUAUUGAUGCCAUAGCCAUCUGUAUGGCAUAUGAGGAGAAGGAGCUCUGCAAGAUAGGGGAAGUGGCUCUAGCUGUGAUAUUUGAUGUUGCAAGCAUUAUUCUGGGUUCGAAGGAAAGGGCUUGUCAGCUUCCUUUAUUUUCAUACAUUGUGGAGCGUUUAUGUGCUUGCUGUUAUGAACAAGCUUGGUAUGCUAAACUAGGAGGUGUGGUGUCAAUUAAAUUCCUCAUGGAACGACUGCCUUUAAUUUGGGUCCUCCAGAACCAGCAGACUUUCCUCAAGGCACUGCUGUUUGUUAUGAUGGACCUAACCGGAGAGGUUUCCAAUGGAGCCGUUGCUAUGGCAAAGACCACACUAGAACAGCUUUUGAUUAGAUGUGCCACUCCUUUAAAAGAUGAAGAAAAAACAGAAGAAAUCCUAGCAGCACAGGAAAAGUCUUUCCAUCACGUGACACAUGACCUGGUUCGAGAAGUAACCUCUCCAAACUCCACUGUAAGAAAGCAAGCCAUGCAUUCACUGCAAGUGCUUGCACAGGUCACUGGGAAAAGUGUUACUGUGAUUAUGGAGCCACAUAAAGAGGUUCUCCAGGACAUGGUUCCUCCAAAAAAGCACUUACUUAGGCAUCAGCCUGCAAAUGCCCAGAUUGGGCUCAUGGAGGGGAACACAUUUUGCACAACUUUGCAGCCCCGACUAUUUACUAUGGAUCUAAAUGUUGUGGAACACAAGGUUUUCUACACCGAGCUGUUGAAUUUGUGUGAGGCUGAAGAUGCUGCCUUAAUGAAAUUACCCUGUUACAAAAGUCUUCCAUCACUAGUACCCCUUCGAAUUGCAGCCUUAAAUGCUUUAGCUGCCUGUAAUUACUUACCUCAGUCUAGAGAGAAAAUCAUUGCUGCACUUUUCAAGGCACUUAAUUCAACAAAUAAUGAACUGCAGGAGGCGGGAGAGGCAUGUAUGAGAAAGUUCUUGGAAGGAGCUACAAUAGAAGUAGAUCAAAUUCACACACACAUGAGACCAUUGCUCAUGAUGUUGGGAGAUUAUCGAAGCUUGACACUGAAUGUUGUGAACCGUCUGACUUCUGUCACUAGACUUUUUCCAAACUCCUUUAAUGACAAGUUCUGUGAUCAGAUGAUGCAACACCUGCGUAAAUGGAUGGAAGUAGUAGUAAUUACACACAAAGGAGGACAGAGGAGUGAUGGAAAUGAAAUGAAGAUUUGUUCAGCAAUCAUAAACCUAUUUCAUCUGAUCCCAGCUGCUCCUCAGACUCUGGUUAAACCUUUGCUGGAAGUUGUGAUGAAAACAGAACGGGCUAUGUUGAUAGAGGCGGGCAGUCCAUUCAGAGAACCACUGAUAAAGUUUCUGACACGUCAUCCAUCCCAGACUGUUGAGCUGUUCAUGAUGGAAGCGACUUUAAAUGAUCCACAGUGGAGCAGAAUGUUCAUGAGUUUUUUAAAACACAAAGAUGCGAAGCCUUUACGAGAUGUCCUGGCAGCUAAUCCAAAUCGAUUUAUCACUUUACUGUUACCUGGUGGCACCCAAGCUGCUGUUAGGCCCGGAUCACCAAGCACCAGCACAAUGCGUCUUGAUCUUCAGUUUCAGGCUAUCAAGAUCAUAAGUAUUAUAGUUAAGAAUGAUGAAUGUUGGUUGGCAAAUCAGCAUUCCUUAGUGAGUCAGUUAAGACGCGUGUGGGUAAGCGAAGCUUUUCAAGAAAGACAUCGUAAGGAGAAUAUGGCUGCAACAAACUGGAAAGAACCUAAACUACUGGCAUACUGCUUAUUGAAUUACUGCAAACGGAAUUAUGGUGAUAUAGAAUUGCUCUUCCAGCUGCUUCGAGCUUUUACAGGACGUUUUCUCUGCAAUAUGACUUUCUUAAAGGAGUACAUGGAAGAAGAAAUCCCCAAAAACUACAGUAUUUCCCAAAAACGGGCUCUGUUCUUCCGGUUUGUGGACUUCAAUGACCCAAACUUUGGAGAUGAGCUGAAAGCCAAGGUUCUGCAGCAUAUCUUGAAUCCUGCAUUCUUGUAUAGUUUUGAAAAGGCAGAAGGAGAACAACUUCUGGGACCACCCAACCCAGAAGGAGAUAAUCCAGAAAGUAUCACCAGUGUUUUUAUAACAAAGGUACUUGACCCAGAAAAGCAGGCAGAUAUGCUGGAUUCACUCAGAAUUUACCUCUUGCAAUUUGCAACGCUUCUUGUGGAACAUGCCCCACAUCACAUUCAUGACAAUAACAAGAACCGGAACAGCAAACUGCGACGCCUGAUGACCUUUGCCUGGCCCUGUCUCUUGUCUAAGGCGUGUGUGGACCCAGCGUGCAAGUACAGUGGACAUUUGCUUUUAGCACACAUCAUUGCAAAAUUUGCCAUACAUAAGAAGAUAGUGUUGCAGGUUUUUCACAGUCUUCUAAAAGCUCAUGCAAUGGAGGCUCGAGCAAUUGUCAGGCAAGCAAUGGCUAUUCUAACUCCAGCUGUGCCUGCUCGAAUGGAGGAUGGACAUCAGAUGCUGACUCACUGGACACGAAAAAUCAUUGUAGAAGAGGGCCAUACAGUUCCACAGCUGGUCCAUAUUUUGCAUUUAAUAGUACAGCAUUUCAAGGUUUAUUACCCUGUAAGACACCAUUUGGUGCAGCAUAUGGUUAGUGCCAUGCAGAGGUUGGGUUUCACUCCCAGUGUUACCAUUGAACAAAGAAAACUGGCUGUGGACCUUGCCGAAGUAGUCAUCAAAUGGGAAUUGCAGAGAAUCAAAGAUCAACAGCCAGAUUCAGAUAUGGAUCCAAGUGCAAGUGGAGAAGGAGCAAGUUCUGCCUCAUCUUCUGUUAAAAGAGGAUUGUCUGUUGAUUCUGGUCAAGAGGUGAAACGAUUCAGGACAGCUACUGGGGCAAUAAGUGCAGUAUUUGGACGUACUCAGUCGUUGCCAGGAGCUGAUGCACUUCUUUCCAAGCCAAUUGACAAGCAGCAUACAGAUACUGUGGUCAACUUCCUCAUUAGAAUUGCUUGCCAGGUAAAUGACAACUCAAACACUGCUGGAUCUCCUGGAGAAUUGCUGUCUCGACGCUGCGUUAACCUUUUGAAGACAGCUUUACGACCAGAUAUGUGGCCAAAAUCAGAACUCAAACUGCAGUGGUUUGAUAAACUGCUAAUGACUGUGGAACAGCCCAAUCAGGCCAACUUUGCCAACAUUUGCACUGGGUUAGAGGUCCUAAGUUUCCUAUUAACUGUACUGCAGUCUUCAGCUAUCCUUAGCAGCUUCAAACCUCUGCAACGAGGAGUAGCUGCUUGUAUGACAUGUGGAAACACCAAGGUUUUGAGGGCUGUCCACAGUCUACUCUCUCGCUUAAUGAGUAUAUUCCCUACAGAACCAAGUACUUCAAGUGUAGCUUCAAAAUAUGAAGAGCUGGAAUGCCUAUAUGCUGCAGUGGGGAAGGUUAUUUAUGAAGGGCUUACUAAUUAUGAAAAAGCCACUAAUGCUAAUCCUUCCCAACUCUUUGGUACUUUAAUGAUUCUGAAGUCUGCAUGCAGUAACAAUCCAAGCUACAUAGACAGACUGAUUUCAGUCUUCAUGCGAUCUCUACAGAAGAUGGUCAGGGAACAUUUGAAUCCACAGGCUGCAUCAGGAACAGCAGAAGCAACCACAGCAGGUACAAGUGAACUGGUAAUGCUGAGCCUGGAUCUUGUGAAAACUCGUCUUGCAGUGAUGAGCAUGGAGAUGAGGAAAAAUUUUAUCCAAGCUAUUCUAACAUCUCUCAUUGAAAAAUCUACUGAUGCUAAAAUUCUUCGUGCAGUGGUAAAAAUAGUGGAAGAAUGGGUGAAAAACAAUUCUCCAAUGGCAGCCAAUCAGACACCUACUCUCCGGGAGAAGUCCAUUUUGCUAGUGAAAAUGAUGACCUACAUUGAAAAGCGUUUUCCAGAAGACCUUGAAUUAAAUGCCCAGUUCUUAGACCUUGUUAACUAUGUCUAUAGGGAUGAGAAUCUUUCUGGAAGCGAGCUCACUGCUAAACUUGAACCUGCGUUCCUUUCGGGGCUGCGUUGUGCCCAGCCGCUCAUCCGAGCCAAAUUUUUUGAGGUCUUCGACAAUUCCAUGAAGCGUCGUGUCUAUGAACGCCUACUUUAUGUAACUUGUUCUCAAAACUGGGAGGCAAUGGGAAACCACUUUUGGAUCAAGCAGUGCAUUGAGCUCCUGUUGGCUGUGUGUGAAAGAAACACUACAAUUGGCACAAGCUGUCAGGGAGCCAUGCUUCCAUCUAUCACUAAUGUAAUCAACCUUGCUGACAGUCACGAUCGGGCAGCAUUCGCUAUGGUAACCCAUGUCAAACAAGAACCUCGAGAAAGAGAAAACAGCGAAUCCAAAGAAGAGGAUGUGGAGAUUGACAUUGAAUUGGCUCCAGGAGAUCAGACGAGUACACCUAAAACCAAAGAACUUUCUGAGAAAGACAUAGGCAACCAGCUACACAUGUUGACCAACAGACAUGACAAGUUUCUUGACUCUCUUCGAGAAGUGAAGACUGGAGCAUUAUUAAGUGCCUUUGUUCAGUUGUGUCAUAUCUCUACACCGUUAGCAGAGAAAACUUGGAUCCAGCUUUUCUCCCGAUUGUGGAAAAUCUUAUCUGAUAGACAGCAGCAUGCUCUUGCAGGUGAAAUAAGCCCUUUCUUAUGCAGUGGUAGCCACCAAGUGCAGCGAGACUGCCAGCCGAGUGCACUAAACUGUUUUGUGGAAGCAAUGUCACAGUGUGUUCCUCCCAUUCCCAUCAGGCCCUGUGUGCUUAAGUACUUGGGUAAAACUCACAACCUGUGGUUCCGUUCCACACUGAUGCUGGAACAUCAAGCCUUUGAAAAAGGCUUGAGUCUUCAGAUAAAACCUAAACAGACAACAGAAUUUUAUGAGCAGGAAAGCAUAACCCCUCCUCAACAGGAAAUACUGGAUUCCCUAGCUGAGCUUUACUCUCUGUUACAAGAGGAGGAUAUGUGGGCUGGACUAUGGCAAAAGCGCUGUAAAUUUCCAGAGACAGCAACUGCUAUUGCUUAUGAACAACAUGGCUUUUUUGAACAGGCACAAGAAACAUACGAAAAAGCAAUGGAAAAAGCCAAAAAGGAACAUGAACGAAAUAAUGCCUCCCCUGCUAUCUUCCCUGAGUAUCAACUCUGGGAAGACCAUUGGAUUCGCUGCUCAAAAGAGUUGAACCAGUGGGAACCUUUGACAGAGUAUGGCCAGUCAAAGGGCCAUAUAAAUCCCUAUCUGGUACUCGAAUGUGCAUGGAGAGUCUCAAACUGGACUGCUAUGAAGGAGGCACUGGUGCAGGUGGAGCUGAGUUGUCCAAAAGAGAUGGCUUGGAAAGUCAACAUGUACAGAGGAUAUCUAGCAAUCUGCCAUCCUGAAGAACAGCAGCUUAACUUCAUUGAGCGCUUGGUAGAAAUGGCCAGCAGUUUAGCCAUUCGUGAAUGGCGAAGGCUUCCUCAUGUAGUGUCACAUGUUCACACUCCCCUUCUGCAGGCAGCACAGCAAAUCAUCGAACUUCAAGAGGCAGCACAAAUAAAUGCAGGGUUGCAACCAACUAAUCUAGGGAGGAAUAACAGCCUGCAUGAUAUGAAGACUGUCGUAAAGACUUGGAGAAACAGGUUACCUAUUGUGUCAGAUGACUUAUCCCAUUGGAGCAGCAUUUUCAUGUGGAGACAGCAUCAUUACCAGGCCAUUGUAACUGCCUAUGAAAAUAGUUCUCAGCAUGAUCCCAGUUCCAAUAAUGCUAUGCUGGGAGUUCAUGCUUCAGCUUCAGCAAUUAUCCAGUAUGGAAAGAUAGCUCGGAAACAAGGACUGGUCAAUGUAGCACUGGACAUAUUGAGUCGUAUUCAUACUAUCCCUACUGUGCCUAUUGUGGAUUGUUUUCAGAAGAUUCGGCAGCAAGUCAAAUGCUACCUUCAGCUGGCAGGAGUCAUGGGCAAAAAUGAGUGUAUGCAGGGCCUUGAGGUUAUUGAAUCAACUAAUCUGAAAUAUUUCACCAAGGAGAUGACAGCUGAGUUCUACGCACUGAAGGGAAUGUUCUUGGCUCAGAUUAACAAGUCUGAAGAAGCAAACAAAGCUUUUUCUGCAGCUGUGCAGAUGCACGAUGUGUUAGUGAAGGCUUGGGCAAUGUGGGGUGACUACUUGGAGAAUAUCUUCGUGAAAGAACGUCAGCUGCAUCUAGGAGUGUCUGCCAUUACUUGCUACCUGCAUGCAUGUCGCCAUCAGAAUGAGAGCAAAUCAAGAAAAUAUUUAGCAAAGGUUCUCUGGCUUCUGAGUUUUGAUGAUGAUAAGAACACACUAGCAGAUGCAGUAGACAAGUAUUGUAUUGGUGUCCCACCCAUCCAAUGGCUGGCUUGGAUUCCACAAUUGUUAACAUGCUUGGUUGGCUCAGAGGGCAAGCUUCUUCUGAACCUCAUUAGUCAGGUGGGAAGAGUCUAUCCCCAGGCUGUCUACUUUCCUAUCAGGACCCUCUAUUUGACACUGAAGAUAGAACAACGAGAGCGUUACAAAAGUGAUUCUGGACAACAGCAGCCAAGUUCGGUAGGAAAUCAAUCUCAUUCUGCAUCAGAUCCUGGGCCAAUAAGAGCCACUGCACCUAUGUGGCGCUGCAGCCGAAUUAUGCAUAUGCAGCGAGAACUGCAUCCGACGCUUUUGUCCUCUCUGGAAGGCAUUGUAGAUCAAAUGGUCUGGUUCAGAGAGAAUUGGCAUGAAGAGGUUCUUAGACAGCUGCAGCAAGGCCUGGCAAAGUGCUAUUCAGUUGCCUUUGAGAAAAGUGGAGCAGUUUCAGAUGCCAAAAUCACUCCCCACACACUCAAUUUUGUCAAGAAGUUGGUCAGUACCUUUGGAGUGGGACUGGAGAAUGUGUCAAAUGUCUCCACUAUGUUUUCCAGUGCAGCUUCAGAGUCGUUGGCUAGAAGAGCACAGGCUACAGCUCAAGACCCUGUAUUUCAGAAAUUAAAAGGGCAGUUUACAACAGACUUUGACUUCAGUGUACCAGGCUCCAUGAAACUUCACAAUCUUAUUUCUAAACUGAAGAAGUGGAUCAAAAUCCUAGAGGCAAAAACUAAGCAGCUUCCAAAGUUCUUCCUCAUAGAGGAAAAGUGUCGUUUUCUAAGUAAUUUCUCAGCUCAAACAGCAGAAGUGGAGAUUCCUGGAGAGUUCCUUAUGCCAAAGCCAACACAUUAUUACAUCAAAAUUGCAAGAUUUAUGCCCAGAGUGGAGAUAGUACAGAAGCACAACACUGCAGCCAGAAGACUCUAUAUCCGAGGCCAUAAUGGAAAGAUUUACCCAUACCUAGUAAUGAAUGAUGCUUGCCUGACAGAGUCUCGUAGAGAAGAACGAGUAUUACAGCUCCUUCGGCUUUUGAACCCCUGCUUAGAGAAAAGAAAAGAAACCACAAAGAGGCAUUUAUUUUUCACAGUCCCCCGUGUUGUAGCAGUCUCUCCACAGAUGCGCCUGGUUGAAGACAAUCCCUCUUCUCUCUCCCUGGUGGAGAUCUAUAAGCAACGCUGUGCCAAGAAAGGCAUUGAGCAUGACAACCCUAUUUCUCGUUACUAUGACAGAUUGGCAACAGUCCAAGCACGAGGGACCCAAGCCAGCCAUCAGGUUCUUCGGGAUAUACUUAAAGAAGUACAGAGUAACAUGGUGCCACGCAGUAUGCUUAAGGAAUGGGCUUUACAUACAUUCCCAAAUGCCACAGAUUACUGGACGUUUCGAAAGAUGUUCACAAUUCAGUUGGCAUUAAUUGGCUUUGCAGAAUUUGUCUUUCAUUUAAAUAGACUCAACCCUGAGAUGUUACAGAUUGCCCAGGAUACUGGCAAGCUCAACGUGGCAUACUUCCGAUUUGAUAUUAAUGAUGCUACUGGUGAUUUGGAUGCCAAUCGUCCUGUCCCAUUCCGUCUUACACCAAACAUUUCUGAAUUCCUUACCACUAUUGGCGUGUCUGGUCCAUUGACUGCAUCAAUGAUUGCAGUAGCUCGCUGUUUUGCACAGCCAAACUUUAAGGUUGAUGGCAUCCUGAAAACUGUGCUACGGGAUGAAAUAAUUGCUUGGCACAAGAAAACACAAGAGGAUACUUCCUCUCCACUCUCAGCAGCUGGGCAACCUGAAAACAUGGACAGUCAGCAGCUGGUUUCACUAGUUCAAAAAGCUGUUACUGCUAUCAUGACUCGACUACAUAAUCUUGCUCAGUUUGAAGGAGGAGAAAGCAAAGUCAACACUCUAGUAGCAGCUGCAAAUAGCUUGGAUAAUCUCUGUCGUAUGGAUCCUGCCUGGCACCCUUGGCUGUAACUUGAAAUUUAGGUCUCUUUUUUUGCUGCUCUUGUGUUGUGAGCCAUAUAUUAUGGUAAGAAGAAAAUGUGAAGAAUUCAUUUCAAACCAUGGCUUACCUGUCACUGCCUUUUUCGUCAGUCUUCAUUUUAAUCAUGUUUACAGAAAUACUACAGUUUUACUGUUUUAAGUUAAUUUCAUGACAGCGGUAUUUCAUGUACAAAGAAAUGUGCUGAUUUAUUAUUCGAAGACAAUUUCCACAAAUAGCUUAAAAUGAGGGGGCGAGACUUAAAAUGUGUACAGACGAAUUUGAUUACAAGUGCUGUAAUAUGGGCACUGUUAGAUUUUUAGGAAUGGUAUGUCCUAAAUCUACAGCAUGUUAAACUUUUUAUACACUUUAAGAAACCAGUAUUCCCAGAUCUUCGAUUUUACUUGGUGAAAUUUUACUAAAUUUUCCUUCAUUUUAGUACUAUGAAGGAACACGUGGACUGUUUAAAUACUAUCAGUUUUAAUCCUUUCAGAAAUUUACAUGAGCUAAGUUGGUUUGUACAGAGAUUUUUGUAACAAAAAUGUAUAGCAAUGGCUUUUUUUGGUUAGGCACUCAGAAAAAUGAGGAAACAUUUGCUGGGUUUUCUUGGAACCGAAGUUAUGUACAGUGAAAGUGUAAGCAGUUUUGGAUAUUUAGUUAAAUGUUUGACAAUGUAUAAAAGGGAGUUUAUAAAGAGGAGGGGAAAGUCAUCCAUUGAUACAUGUAUGUGAUGUAAAUGGUAUAAAGAAAAGCAAAAGGAGCUAUAAAAUGAACCAGUCUGAUACUUUUGAUUAGACUUCUAUAGUUACUGUAGCAUCCUCAGAAAGAACCUGUUUCAAUUUCUUUGUAAUUUCAAAAACAUCAGUUUAAUGUUUUAUUUGAGUCUUUCUGUUCUGUUAGCAUUUUUAUAAACCUGCAGUGUUGAGAAUGUUAUGCUUAAAUUUGUACAGGGUGAUUUUUCAAAAUAAAUAUUUUGUAAAAUGUU